GCUCUGCGUUUACGCAUGCGCUUGGAGACUAGGACGUCAUGGCCCGAUGUUGCAGGUGGAACUACAGUUCCCAUGAGGCGUCACGCGGCGCCUGCGCGUUGGCUGCUGGCGCUCGGGCCAUUUAAAUGUGCUGAGGGAGACUGUGAAAUGGCUGCGCAGGUCGCUGCGGUGCGCGCCGUAUCCCGGGGCCCAGAGGAGUCACCCCCGCUACCCUCGGGGGACCGACCCGGCCGGCCCCGGGGUGGCGGCAGGAGGCGGCGGGGACCAGCUGGCGAGGCUGUCGGCGGCAAGCGGGCCAGGCUGAGCCAGCCGCUCCUGGUGGGGCCCAGCCCGGCGGAGCCAAUGCCCCCGGCCGGCCUGCCCGCGGCCGCCGCCGCCGCCGCCGCGGGGCUCUUCACCUUCUCUCCCCUCAGUCUACCGCAGGGACCUCCGCAGCAGGAGCGGCACCAUCACCACCGCCAUCGCCCCGCUGGGGACUCCGAGCCCGGCCAUCCUGCCGGGGCCAAGCCGCACAAGGGGAAGCGGGGGAGCUCCGGGGACGGGGCAGCUGGGCGGCCCAGCAAGCGAGAAACACCAGAUGAAAAUGGCAAAACCCAGCGAGCAGACAGUCUUAUUAUGAAGAAGAUAAAGAAAAAGAAGAAAAAGAAACACCGGGAGGAUAUGAGAGGGAAACGCCUUAAAAUGUACAACAAAGAAGUACAAACAGUUUGUGCCGGACUCACUCGCAUCAACAAAGAGAUUCUGACUCAAGGACAGAGUGAUAACUCAGAAGUGAACAAGGAAUCCUUCAGGUAUCUGAAAGAUGAGCAGCUGUGUCGAUUGAAUUUGGGAAUGCAGGAAUAUCGAGUACCCCAGGGAGUUCAGACACCAUUUAUGACUCACCAAGAGCACUCUGUUCGCAGCAGUUUCUUGAAAACUGGCACUAAAUUUAGUAACUUUAUUCAUGAAGAACAUCAGUCUAAUGGUGGUGCUUUGGUCCUUCAUGCCUACAUGGAUGAACUCUCAUUUUUGUCUCCAAUGGAGAUGGAGAGAUUUGCAGAAGAAUUUCUUGCUUUGUCAUUCAGUGAAAAUGAGAAAAAUGCAGCCUACUAUGCUUUAGCCAUAGUACAUGGGGCAGCUGCCUAUUUGCCAGACUUCCUGGAUUAUUUUGCUUUUAAUUUCCCUAACACUCCAGUGAAAAUGGAAAUCCUGGGCAAGAAGGACAUAGAAACGACGACUAUUUCAAAUUUUCACACUCAGGUCAAUAGAACAUACUGCUGUGGAACCUACAGAGCAGGCCCAAUGCGGCAGAUAAGUCUUGUUGGAGCAGUCGAUGAAGAAGUUGGUGACUACUUCCCAGAAUUUCUUGAUAUGUUGGAGGAAUCUCCAUUUCUGAGAAUGACUUUGCCCUGGGGCACUCUUUCUAGCCUUCAGCUUCAAUGCAGGUCACAAAGUGAUGAUGGCCCCAUAAUGUGGGUGAGACCCGGAGAACAGAUGAUCCCGACAGCAGAUAUGCCAAAAUCACCAUUCAAACGGCGCCGAUCAAUGAACGAAAUAAAAAACCUCCAAUACCUACCUCGGACCAGUGAGCCCCGUGAAGUUCUCUUUGAAGACCGAACAAGAGCCCAUGCUGAUCAUGUAGGUCAGGGGUUUGAUUGGCAGAGUACAGCUGCUGUAGGAGUGCUGAAAGCUGUACAGUUUGGUGAAUGGAGCGUCCAACCUCGAAUAACCAAAGAUGUGGUUUGUUUCCAUGCUGAAGACUUCACUGAUGUGGUACAGAGACUUCAGUUAGACUUGCAUGAACCUCCAGUGUCACAGUGUGUUCAAUGGGUGGAUGAAGCCAAGCUAAACCAAAUGAGACGGGAAGGCAUUCGCUAUGCUAGAAUCCAGCUGUGUGACAAUGACAUCUACUUCAUCCCUAGAAAUGUCAUUCAUCAGUUCAAAACUGUGUCAGCGGUCUGCAGUUUAGCCUGGCAUAUAAGGCUGAAACAGUACCAUCCUGUGGGGAAGUCUUCUCAAAAUGCAGAAAGCAAUUCAAACAUGAACAGUAAUAUCCCUGAAAAGACAGAAUCAGAAGGUGAACCCCAAUGUGUGAGUGUAAAAACAGAGUCUGAGGAACCAGGUGUAGAAAUGCAGCUUACAACAGGGGAACCGUCCUCCUCCUCAAUUUCAUCAAUAUUGGGACUUGUUCUGCAACCAGAUCAGGUAGCCCAGCCUCUUCCAGUUUUUAAACUAGAAUCUGAUCAGCAACAUAAUCCACAGGAUCACACAGACUCUUCUGUGUGAUAUGUACAUAGUCAAACACAUUUUUUAACAACUUUUUAAAAUUUUGAUGUGAAGUUAUAGUUUUAUAACUUGCUUAUGUUUUAUUGGAGAAAUCUUGCCUAUAAUUCUAUAAAGAAAGGUGACAUUCCAAAAUGUCAAGCAUAUCUUUUUUACACAGAUUAUGCAAAAGUUCAAGUUGUAUUUUACUCCCAUAGUACAGCAUGUAAUAGUGGUCUACCACUUCUUUCUGUUUAAAAUGAGGUAAUAAUUCAAUAUCUCCUCAUCAAAAUCAGAAUGGAAUUCCUCCAAGCGCUAAAAGUCAUUGAACUAUCUUGGAAAAUGUAAGCUCCCUGCUUAAUUUUUUCUUUAGCCUUCACCAUAAAAGGAUGGCUUCUGCAGAAGGCUCCCCCAUCUGAUUUUAAUUGCUAAAAUCAAAGAGAAAGCACAGCACUUUUGAUGAUCAGUGAUGUUUUGGUCUGUCCUUAAAUUCCUGGUGGAUACUAAAAUUACUAGAUAUAUAGAUCUUUUAAUUUUUAAUUGUUAAACGGUUCAUAAAAGGGUGAAGUGUGACAUCUUAUCCUGUUGAAAUGUAAUCACUUAGACACAAUAUUUUCCAUAGUACUGCUUGUAAUGUUUGAUGUGAGGAUUUUGCUUCCUAAAUACAUCUUUCCUGGACACGACUAAUUCUAGUGUUAAUUUUUUUUUUUUAAAGGCAGUCUCAUGGAGGUAGCUGCAUUCUUGUCUGAGCACUUUAAAGCAUUAAAAUACUAACAACCUUGGCAGCUUGUUUUGAUAAAUUCACAAUAAGCAUCUGAUGGAAAACAUCCUCUCCCUGGUACUGAUGCACUUAAUCUAAUAGAGUUGGGUCAGUGAUAACUGAUUUAUAUUGGUUGUCCUUAUUCUCUGAAGUUCUGUAUUGCUAUUUCAAAAUAAAAUAUUAUGGCAUUGGGUUGCUGUUUCCACUUGUAGCUUUUGGGUACCCUGGUGCUGUGUUUGAAACAUCAGUGACACAAGCUAAUAUGUUGAGUGUCAUCUGCUGACAUAGUUCUUUUUAUAGUCUUACGAUAUUUCUGAAUGUUUGUGUGAUCUGUAUUUGACUUUCACUCACCACUUAUAUAACAACUGUCUUUUCUAGUCAUCAGAAGAAGAGUCCCCCCCCACACCUAGGAUACAAACUUGAUUUUGGUGCCACUGAAGUUGUCCCCGGAUAACUUCAUUGUUCUAAUCCUCACUGGGGUAGGAGAGAGAUUUCUAACACUAUAUUAGAAUAAGGAAAAGAAAAGAUGCUGUGUUAUUAGUUCUGGGUGCAUCUUUUAAAUAUCAAUUAUGAAUCUUCUCUUUAAAAAGGUUCUGAAAUAUGUUAAUCUGUUAUUAUAAAUAUUACUUUGUGCAAUAUUGUUUUGUGUAGACUUAUAUGCAUCUUAGCACCUCAAUAUAGAGGUCACAAUUUUAAACUGAUAGCAAAAUAAUCAUCAGAAAAUACUGCAGUGAUUAGUUAGAAUCUGUAUUACUCCUUAUAUAUGUAUAUGUAUGUAUUGUCUUCAGUACAAAAGUGAAGACAAAUUAGAAAAUAUUUCAGACUAAUUUACAGAUUGAAGUGGUGGUGACUUGUUUAGUAAUCUGUGUAAAUAAGGUGUUAGAAUGGAAAGCUUUUAUGAAAAGUAAUAUGAUUCAUGCAGGGGUAUAAUUUAACUUUAGCAAAAAUUCUGGAUUAUCAAAGCUGGUUCAGAAACAGGCCCUCUGUUCUCUGGCAUUUUUCCCCACUUUUUUGUUGAGAAUAAUUUUAUAGAGCUUUAAUGGGUUGUGCAAAGUAAAAUUCUUCACAGGCAAUAUUGGUUUCAGUGCCUCUUUCAUGUUUCCGCUGGUUAAUAUUAUGUUAGUGUUAUUUUCCCUUUCUUUUUAACUCACUCUGCUUGUCUUCCAAGUGCUCAUUUCCCUUCUCCCAUGUGCUAUUCAUUGGCCAUGUCAAAGAUGGUAUUAUCAUUUCUAAGUCAUUACUAACUAAUAAGGUGAUUGUCCCUUGACAGUCAGCACUGUGUAUAAUCACUCAGGAACUGACAUAUCUUCAAAGACCUUACAAUUGAAGGAAAAGCUAUUCAUCCCUUUAUAAAACCAAUUCUCCCCAUAUAUAUUAAAAUGCAAAAAUUAAACAUACUUAGGCUAAAAAGAUUCACAAUUUAAGAUGCACUAUGCACCAUUAUUUUUUAUUUGUAUUCCUCUAGAGCUUGAAAUAAAAUGAAAAGAGAGACAUAUAAUUUGUAAAUGGAUAUUGGAAGCAUCUCUGUAAACUAUAUUAAAUAGCAUGCUUUUAAACUAAUGCAUACAAUAGACCAGCAGAGUGCUUCACGCUGUUUUCAAAACAGUGUCCUACUUGUGUGAAAUAAUCUAUUCUUUCUAAAAUAUCAAGAAAAUGCUUCACUCUUUUACUUCUGUGGAUUGAAUGUCUUUAACCACUGUACCAUACUUUCCUUUUACUCAGUUUACUAGUUCAAAACCGAAAGUCAAGUUGAUGUCCUCCUCUUUAUUAUAAAUUAGUCAUAGAAUGAUUUGGAUAAUGUUGCUAUUCUUUUGAUGUUAUUUGUCAGCCGGAGGUAGAGAUGAGCAGAUUUUUGUUUCAGAAAAAAUUUAAGGAAGCUUUUAAUUUUAUUACAACUUUUUCUUAAUUUUGCAUGUACAAAUUUUAAUCUUUAAUUAAGUACUAAUGCAACUUUUGAAACAUUUGCAAAAUCCAAAAUUACCAGACUUCUUCCAAGCUUGAUUCCAAAUCCAGCUCAUCUCUAAAUAUAGCUAUGGAAAGAAUUGCUUAUGAAAUCGAUGGCUAAAUCUGUUGCCCAUUAGAUUGUAUCUAUAAUUCUGAAAUCAGUGAAUUACAGGUGGAAUACCACCUUCGGAUGUGCAGUACUCUAAACUGGUCAGCACUACAAAUGGCUUACUGAAUAAUAAAUAUGAAGAAUACAGAUGUCAUACUUGUGCUUUGUGAGAAGUCAAGUGACAGAUGGACAAGUUAAUUUUUCCAGUAUAAUAUUGGGCAAAUCAAAUCUUUGGCUAGUUUUAAGAGUAAAAUAUUUGCAAGUAAUUGGUGGAAAAUGUCAAUUUCUGAUUGACUUAUCACUCAAAGAUUUCAGAAGAUAGUUCAUUAAAUUCAGUGAUAAUUUAAUGCCUAUAUUCUUUAUGCAAGCAUAUCUCAAAUUCAGUUGGCAAGAAUAUAUCAUUAUAUCAACAGCUGUCAGUAGACUGAGGACUUAUGGAUAUGAUGAAACAGAUCUAUACAUAAAGAUGGAAUAAAUUUCAGAACAGUCUGUCACAUUUCGAUACUUUGAUUAUAUUCCUCUAGAAUUCAUUCAUAUAUCAGGUCAGCUGAUGUGAUUUAUAAUAAUUCCAUUGACUUCAGUGGAGAUAAAUCAUCAUAGCUCCACUGAAGAUUUGCCCUGUCUUUUAAAAACCUAUGGGUUUUGUUGACGUCUGGAACUGAAAUUUAGAAUACUCUCAUCUUGAAACCAAGUCAGAUUUUUAACAGCAGUAGUCCAGGGACAUGAUACUAGAGAGCAUAACUAGCUCUAAGGGCAGGUCUACUCUACAGCCAGGAUCACCGCUCAGAGAUCGAUCCACCGGUGGUCAAUUUAGCAGGUCUAGUAAAGACCCGCAAAAUCAACUGCAGAUUGCUCUCCAGUUGACCCCUGUACUCUACCCCCAGUGAGAAGAGUAAGGUAAGUCGGCGGGAGGGUUUCUCCCGUCAACCCCCACGGUGUAGACCCCGUGGUAACUCGACCUAAGGUACGUCAACUCCAGCUACGUUAUUCACAUAGCUGGAGUUGCAUAGCAUAGGUGGACUUACUGUGGUAGUGUAGACAUAACCUAAGAUGGAAACGUGGGCUUGGCUUCUGUUUUAAGCACAGCUUACAGUUCCUUUAUUAGCAGCCAAGGAAAACUGUAAACUGGGAUAAAGGUGAAGGGCCAUGUUGUGCCAGAGAUCAGUUAGCCAAAUGUCAAAUAAUUUUAAUAUCACAUUUUCCUCUCCCUUGGGUGUCCUAAUUCUUUCUGUGCAGAAACUUGACCUGUUUUAAAAGUACUUUGUGAAGCCAAUAGUUCAAUUCUCUAUUGUUGACAUGUUUUCUUCCAAGAAGAUGGACCAUUCACUAAAGUGUUCUGUGAGGAUAUGUAAUAAAGUUGUUAUUAAUCUAUACCUUUUGCCAAAUAGAAAAACAGUUAAUCUGUCAACUGUUUUCCUACAUGAGUACUUAGGCCCAGUCUCUUGACAUAAAAUUCUAUUUUGUUAGAGCUUCAGGAUGGAUGGGAGUUCAAGUCCUUCAUUUUGCUCAUUCUGCCAUUCACAUGCUUGAAUUGAGUGAUAAGCACUUUACAUUUAUUGUUAUAAAUGCUAAGUGUAUGUAGCCAUAUUGGUUGUUUUUAAAGGGCAUGUGGCGUGGGUGGGACAUUAUCUUCAGCUCCUGAAAAGGGACCUUUUUUUCACCUGAAGGCUGGUACUGUAAAUUAACUUACGUUGGUCUAAAAGAAGAUUUCCCAACAAUGUUAUGGCCUUACAUUACCUUCCAGUAAUAUAAAUAAUUGUUAUGAUCAAAUAGCACAUGUAGCUGAGGAGCUAAUAUUAUUAUAGCACUCUUCAAUUGUCUAAAGAAAUACUUAUACUUCUAAUUUCUUUGUACAACAUGUAAAGAGAUUUCUUAUAUGAUUUAAUUUGAUUGGCAGCUAAUAUAUUUUCUGUGGGUUUAAAUGUAUCUAACUUGUUUGCAUACAGAGGACAUGUACAAUUGCCUGGAAGACUGUUUGCUUUGUGCGACCCUAGUAUAUUUAUUGACAUUUAACAGACAAGUUUUAAAGAGGUUUUUAUAAUGCGUAGCGUAAACAGAACCUCUAUGUGAAUAAUCCUCUAACCCGUGUAUUUCUUUUAGUAGCUGACUGUACAAGCGUGUCAAACUGUUAAGCUAUUUCUUUGUAAAAUAGUACAAUGGAAUGCAUAGAUUUUUUUCCUGUAAAGUAUUUUUUUAAUAAACCUGAUUUUGUCCUUUA